GCUAUAUAAAGAAUAAGUUAAUGUCUUGUAUUCUUUUUACAACAUGCAAUGCUCAGGUUAAUAAGUAAUCUUAAAAAACAUCUUCGCAGUGUUUAGAGAAACGUUUCCCGUCCACGGAGGAACAUUGCCGUUUUGGUGAAGGAAUGUUGCUUUGUAUUCGCUGUAGUAUCACCAAUAUUUUUUUAAUUUUUUAUUGUUUCUAUAAUACUUGUUUACAAACACAUGAUAAACUACUUGAACUGCUCAAAAAUGGGAGUUUGGCUUGCGCAUAACACUGCGAGGGGUCUAUCAAGAUUGAACAAAUAAAGUAGUUUUAUGCAUACUGAGGGCGGAAAAAAGAAUUCCAAAAUAGAAAAAGGAAUUUAACUAAAACGGUUGAUUUGGAGCAUUGCGAUUAUGGAUUGUUUUUAAUACUCUUGAUAUUGUUUUAACUGUAAUUACACUGUCUUUACAUUUAUAGCAUCCCUAUGAGAAAUUGCCUCAGAUGAUUCAAAAUCCAUGAUAUAAUUUGGAAUUGAGCUUAAGUGAAAUAUUAUAUAUCGUGUAUAUUACCGUGUACUAAUUUGAACUAUAAAAUUUAUAUUUCAUGUUUACAGCACGAUAUUUUAUUUUUCAAAUAAUAUUACUAUGUCACUAUCCAGCGCUAAUGCUGUUGACACGGCUGGGGUGGAAAGAGAGAGCCAUGCUAUUUGGAAACCUAUAGAUUUGUCUCAGUCUUCAAAAGCGGUAUCAAUACAUUGGGAGUCAACCAGCUAUGGAAACUUUCCACGGAGAACCGAAGAAAAAACAAGCCAACAAAAGGUUCUUAAAUUGACCACCCCUAGUGAAGAAACACGAGAUAUUUGUGGAAAGCACGUAAAAGGACAUGUUUCGGCAGAACCUUCUCCAACAAAACAAAAAACGGAAUUAAAGUUUCGGAAAUCGUAUUCGUGUGACGAUAUAUCGACGAUAGGGAGAGAAAUCGCUAAGGAAAAAGAAACAUCUACGUUCAAAAGUAUGGACAAUAGUAACCCCAUAGAAAAUUCCGAGGAAAUACGUGCAAAACCUUCUGCUUCAAAUCAUCCUAUGCCUGUGCAAAACGAGAUCAACCUCGAGAAUGAUUCUAUAAAUUUCAAUACACAAAAUGCAUAUUACCUUGCAUCAUACGAACAGUACAUUCAAAAAAUGCUACACUCUGUAAACUUGCCAGAGUACAAUAAAACAGAAUUCUAUCGUCAACUAAUGCUAACAAUGUUAAUGAGUUAUACCCAAGAUCCCAGAAAUAUUAACUCGUUAUCCACGGUUAUUAACCCGUUUGCAAUGGCCCAACAACCUGAAAAAAUUCAACAAGAAUUACACAAUAAAGUGCUUGCAUCAUCAAUAGAAAAAUAUUCUGACACAAGAUAUGUCGCGAGAAAGCGGAGUUUGAUAAAAUCGCCACACAACGAAACUGAUAAUGACGAAGAGAUAAUAGUUGAUGAAACAGUGGAGCAAUAUGGAAACAACACAAAUUCUAAAGGAAACAGCCAAGACAAAUAUUACAAGCGCCAUUUUAGCAAUCAGAGUAACGAACCAAAAGAAAUUCAACAAACAGACGACCAAAUGGACACAAUUAAAAAUCAAGGUAUUUUUAGAAAUGGCACCAGUCAUAUUAAGAUUGAAACAAAGGAUGAUCAAGAUACAACGAGUUCAAAUCAUUUGAUGCCCAUUCGCAGUGAAUAUAAUCACCAAUAUUCCGGAGAGUUUGAUGACACAACUCCAAUGGCUAAAAGUUAUACAACAGGAGGACGUAACCAGCAUACUACACAACGUUCCGAACAGAACUGGUUCAAAAAUUCAGUCAUCGACAGACAUGAAUACGAAAAAAACAAAAGUUCUCCAGAGAAAAAACAUCGGAGAAAUCGAACGACGUUCACAACAUAUCAACUGCAUGAACUAGAAAAAGCUUUUGAAAAAUCCCAUUAUCCGGAUGUCUAUAGCAGAGAAGAACUAGCAACAAAAAUUAGAUUACCAGAAGUCAGAGUACAGGUAUGGUUUCAGAAUCGACGGGCAAAAUGGCGUAGACAAGAAAAAGUAGAUAUCAGACAUACAGUUAUGGAUUACGAAAACACUACUCAUAGAUUGAACACAACUUCUCAUUUUCAAACGCCAAGGAAGGAUACAGCGCCACUUUUGCUUGCUUCUAACGGUGCCGGAUUUCUUCUUCAAGCAGCCAAGCAAUGAUGUGCUGUUCAAUAUUGUGACGUAAAGACAGAAAGACGAAAAUUCAGCGUGUCGCUUUUUUAUUUAAAUUCAUUUGUUUUGUAAAAUAUAAAGUUUGAAAAAAA